UGGAGUCUCGCGAUAGAUCUGUUUUCACAUCACCAUAGCAACUGCUUUAAAAUUCCAAGGAGCUCGAAUAGCGUCAGAUGGCUUCGACUAGUAAAGGUUUGUUAAAUACAAGCUAAGUACCAAAUAGCGAUGACAACACAUCAGGAAAAGAAGGGCUUUUCCACCCAGGCUAAGAGGUUUGCUUCUCAAAUCAGUCUGAGUGAAAGUCCAGGACCGGGAACCUACGACUGCUUUACCAGCACUGAAGUCAACUGUCCUUCCUUCUCAAAGAGGGGCACCACCGGCUUUGUCCCAUCCAAGGUUGACAGAAGGCCACAGAGACCCACUCCAGGCCCAAAUGCAUACAACCUACAGAGUUCCUUCAUAAAUAAAUAUGACUUCAACACUGGAGCCUCCAGGGUCUUCAGGCUGCCCAUAGCUGUGCAGAUGGAUGGUCCUAAACAUAUAACUCCAGCUCCAAAUCAGUAUGAUGUCAUUUGUGUGAGGAGAGUAAGCGUCUCCUCAGUGGUCGGUACAUCGCCUUUCCUCUCAAGAACCACACGGGAUUCAUUUUACCCCCCCAAAAAUGUGCCAUCACCAGGCCACUACGAGGUGAACAGCAGCUUAAUCCAGCAUGGUUCAAAGGCGGUCUUGUCACCCUUCAGAUCAAAAACUCAAAGAAUCCUUCCUCCGGCCGACCACUGUGUGCCAGGCCCGGGGGCCUACAACCCCCAUCAGGCACCCACCCCAGUGAAGAAGACAAUCCUUCCGAGAAGAUAUUUUUUGGCAAUAGCAGCACCUCCUCAGACUGUACCUAAGGAUCCUCCUUUGCCGGGUCCUGGGCACUAUGACAUAGGGCAGUAUGACCGGCCAUCAAAGCAGUCCAUACCCACUGCUGCUUUUGCAUCCAGAACUCAAAGAAUACCCCAAAAACCGGUGGCUGAUAAGAUCCCAGGACCAGGUUUCUAUAACCCACAGCUCUUGUCAAAGCAUUCCUUCUUUUACAACGACUCCAGAGUCUGGGUUCCUGUGUGAAGCUUCCAGCUCAGACUGCACUGUAGAUACGUACACCUUCACUCAGAUGAACUGUGAUUGCUGCCAUUCUUAGAUCGGCACUUUUAGAGUGAAUUGGAUGAAAAUUAAAUGUUUGCACCAAUUUAGUCUCUAGUUCCAUGUUUAUGUUGGCCAAUCAGACCUAGGAAUGUUUGGAUGUUUUCGGAAAUGAAUCAUAAUCAGUAUUUAUCCACUGUGGUGGUGGUCAAAUGCCAGAAUUCUUGAAAAGCCAUAUGUUUUGUCCUUGUGGAUUUCCUGAUGCUCUAAAGUGAUAUAGAAGAAAGUGUUGGCACAGUCCCCAGCAGCUGCCGGUCCAGCCAAUGGUACGCCACAGUAACAGCUGAGAGCUCGAGAUGACACCACUCUGCCAACUGCCAGAGGGCAGGCGAAGGGGUGGAGUGACUGUGUAUGUGAGCAAUGUGACUGACUGGGCAUGAGGCAGGGUGGUGUUUAACCCAAAAGACAAAUGGACGCAUCACUCAGUUCCUGUAUCACGUUGCAUUGGAGCUGACUCUCUCACAAUGUUUAAAAAAAAUCAAAUAUUAUUAUUAUGUUAUUAAUGCACAUAUGAUUGUAAAUGUUCUUUUUGUAAGGCCUUGUGCAGCUCUGGUCCCAGAUUCUCUUGUUACUUCAAUUUUUUAAUAAAAUUUUCCAAAACAGAAAACACAACAAAGUUACACACGCCAUCUUUUCCAUGUUUUCCGUGGUUAUUGUGAUAAAUGCCAUUAUAAACUUAUGUGUCCACAAUAAUCAUGGAGCGGGUCCUGAGCAGGAACAGCAGCUUUGUGGUUCAGAUAAGUCGAGAAAACGAAUGUAAAACCUUGUGUUUGAUCUCUAAAGCUGCUGUAAUCGGUAUUUUGAUAAUAAAACUCUACCUAACAACUA